AUGGAUUGGACGCUUCACGGUGAAGAUGCAAUUCCAAAAGAUUUACAAACUAAGCUCAAGAUAUCAUGGACAAGUGCAAUAGGAGAUAAUGAAAUGUUCUGGAAAUAUGAAUGGUCCAAGCAUGGAACAUGUUACUACGAUGGGAAGAAGCAUAGGCAAUUUACAUACUUCAAUACAGCAUACAAGUUUUGGAAUGGAGUUAACCUUUUUAAUACACUCAAGGCAGAAGGGAUUGUCCCUGUUUCAGGAUUAGGCAAGCAGUACACUACAGAGGCUGCAACAAAAGCCAUCAAAAAGCAUUACACCAAUGACACUGUUACAUUCACUCCUCGAUUCAUGUGUUCUAAUUCUCCACCAAAUGAGUUAUAUGAAAUUAUUAUGUGUUUGGAUCAUGACGGAAUGAGUGCCAUCAACUGUACAAUGCCUUCAUCUUGUGGCAACUUAUUUUUAUGGAAAUUAUAA